AUGCGACAUAGGACCAGGUCGCCUAACGCUCAAGGGUACUGUUAUGUGGCUGGUCGAAUAAUUGAUGCAUGCGCUAAUUUUGAUUAUCCAUCAUCUCGGUACGAAAUACAUGUACUCGAUGAUUCAACAGACGAUACAGGACAAAUUAUUGACGCAAAAGUUGAAGAAUAUAAAUCAAACAAUAUAAAAAUUCGACGACUAUCGCGUGUAAAUCGUGAUGGUUUUAAAGCAGGUGCUUUGCAGAAUGCUAUUCCGUAUGCAAAUGGUCAAUAUUUAGCUAUAUUCGAUGCUGAUUUUGUACCAAAAAAAGAUUUUCUUAAACGUACAAUGCCAUACUUCGUUUCACCGGAAAUAGCUGUUGUACAGACACGUUGGGAACAUUUAAAUGCAAAUUAUAAUAUCUUAACACGAGCUCAAGCGAUGGCAUUGAAUGUUCAUUUUACAAUUGAACAAGCUGGACGUUAUUAUUCAGAUGUAUUUUUACAGUUUAAUGGCACGGCAGGUAUGAAUGUGUAA